AUGUUAUCAUCCGGCUUUGCCAACGCCUCCGUCUCCAAAUACCUCGUCAUCUACAUCGUUGCAUCGUCAAUCGCGUUGUCGAUCUUCGAUGUCAAGCAUCUUGCCAACAUCAUCGUGGACCUCCACUUAUGGAAAUAUGGCCAGGUAUCGAGAAUAUUCACCUGGCAAGUAGCCGGGUAUGCCAACUCGACCGAGGUCUUGUUCGCGGCAAUGAUGGCGUAUCACUUGCGAGUCGUGGAGCGGAUUUGGGGAUCUAGGAAGAUGGCCACCUUCCUUGUGACAGUCCUGCCCUACACGACUAUUAUCACACCUCUUGUUCUUGCCCUCGUGCUACGACCGCUUUCGUUCGGUACACUGAAUUAUCUACCGUCCGGGCCGACUGCGAUUAUAUUCGCGCUGCUAGCACAAUACCACGCCGCGAUUCCCCAUACAUUUAAAUACCGUAUCUCUACAUAUGGUGGAAGCACAAGCCGUCGGAACACCGCAUCGACGAACGAGGGCAGCAGCAGCAGCAGCAACAACGACAACACUAAACCCUCUUUAACGAUACUGCUCUCUGACAAAUCGACAACAUACCUUGUUGCCGCGCAGCUGGCGCUCUCGCAAUUCCCGGCGUCACUUCUGCCCGCCUUUGUUGGCUGGGCUGUUGGAAUUGCGUGGAGAGCGGAGAUCCUGCCGGCGUCUCGGAGUACGGGGAGAGGCUGGAGGGUUCCAGCCUGGGUAGUUGGGGAGAGGGAAUCUGCGCAACAACAGCAACAACAAAGACUCUCGUCUGCGGGCGGGGAUGGGGAGGAUAGCGAACGAUAUGCGGAUUUAAGAAGACGAUUGGAUGCUGCUUCUGCCGCAGCGGCGGCGGCUCAACAGGGUGCUAGCAGUGGUGUAGAAGGUUCUUCGGGGCAGACGCAGCGUAGGCCGUUGUUGGAACGACUUACGGGGACUUUCUAG